AUGAUUGUCAUGGAAAUUCCUCCACUUAAUCUGAUAUGCUACAGAUAUGACAGUGCUUCCCUGUUCCUCCCAGGCCAACAUUCUGCACUCUUUGUCCUGCAGAAAACCAUUAGACCAGUAUGGGCUGUUAGAGGGCUGCAUAAGUCUGCGGUGGAAGUCUUGAAGCGCCCGGCCCCUGAGGACACAGUCACAGCCAGCUAUGGGAAGUUCAUCAGUGAAGUAAAGCCCCAGCAUUUGUCCUCCGUGGCGCUCCACCGCAGCAAAAGGAUGGUGUUGGACAGCAUUGGAGUUGGUCUGAUUGGCAGCACAACAGAUGUGUUUGAACUGGCCCUGCAGCACAGCCAGCACAUGUAUGCUCCUGAUGACAUCAGCUCUGUUUACGGACGCAAAGGCACAAGGCUCUCCCCGGCACUGGCAGCUUUUGUCAAUGGAGUAGCAACUCACUCCAUGGACUUUGAUGAUACAUGGCACCCUGCCACUCAUCCCUCAGGAGCAGUCCUUCCUGCUGUGUUAGCACUCAGUGACGUGAUGCCUGCUAACAGCAAACCUACUGGCCUGGACCUCCUGCUGGCAUUUAACGUCGGCAUUGAGAUCCAGGGCCGACUGAUGAGGUUCUCUAAUGAGGCCCACAACAUCCCCAAGAGGUUUCACCCUCCCAGUGUGGUGGGGACCAUGGGAAGUGCAGCCGCCUGUGCUCGCCUCUUGUCCUUGGAUCACACCCAGUGCAGUCAUGCCUUGGCUAUAGCUGCUUCUCUAUCUGGAGCCCCUAUGGCUAAUGCUGCCACUCAGUCUAAACCCCUCCACAUUGGUAAUGCCUCACGCUUAGGGCUGGAGGCUGCUCUACUGGCCUCCCGAGGCCUAGAGGCGAGUCCUCUGGUCCUGGAUGCUGUUCCUGGGGUGGCUGGAUUCAGUGCUUUUUAUGAAGACUAUGUGCCGCAGCCUUUAGAAUCACCCAAUGAUGAUAACCAUAUGUUCCUGCUAGAGGAGCAAGACAUAGCCUUCAAGCGCUUCCCCGCCCAUCUUGGGAUGCACUGGGUGGCAGAUGCUGCAGCCUCGGUCCAUAAACUUCUUGUUGGGCUUGGCCCUGGCACUGUCUCCCCAGCUCAAGUUCAGGACAUCCUGCUGAGGGUCCCCAAAUCGAAGUACAUCAACAGGCCUUUCCCUGACUCGGAGCACGAGGCACGCCACUCCUUCCAGUUCAAUGCUUGCAGUGCUCUCCUGGAUGGCGAGGUGACUGUGCAGUCCUUCACACCCGCUGCCAUGAGGCGCCCUGACCUGCUCGCUCUGCUGAGCUGUGUUCAAGUGGAGCAUCCCCAGGACAACCCGGCUAAUUUCAACAGCAUGUACGGCGAAAUCCAGGUGUCACUUGUCGGGGGAGACAUUCUGAAGGGACGCUGUGACACUUUCUAUGGUCACUGGCGCAACCCGCUAUCGAAUGAGAGCCUGAGGAAGAAGUUCAGAAACAAUGCAGGGGCGGUGCUUUCCUCUGAGAAGGUUGAGAGGCUGAUUGAUGUGGUGGAAGAGCUGGACAGACUUGAGGACUGCGGGUUCCUUCUCUCACAGCUGCAAUAAACACUCACAACAUUACAUACAUAAUAAUAG